AUGGAGGCGAUGAUGACUAUGGAGGUCGAGGCGGCAAUGGUCGGCAACGACGGUGGAGGUAGAGGCGAAGGCGAAGACAUCGGAGGCGGUGGAGGCGAAGACAUCGAUGGAGGUGAAAGUGGAAGAAGAUGCCAAUUGAGGUCACCGGCAAUGACGACAAUGGAGGCAGCAAUGGUUGACAAUGGCAGAGAUGGUGAUGGUCUUGUUACACCACUUCAACUUCCAGUGAAGCAGACACAAAACAUUAAUACAAACAGGCACACCUUCAACAAGCCUUUCAAAUGUCACUGCUGCAGAAUUUUUAGUUCAGCUGAUAAUUUCAAAAACAGUGACAACAAAACAACCAGAAAGUGCAAGUCAUUGAAACGAUACUUCUUUCCCAUAGAAAAUGGUUGUGCAUCAAAACCUAAGGAUAAAAAUCUGACAACAAUUCAAAGUGAUCUUUCUAAGCAACUGAAUGCAUUCUACCGGUUUUCAUGUCCACACACCGUGAUUGGCACUCUUAUAGAAAUAACAUCCAUUUCUAUUCUUCCUUUGGAAUCCACUGCUGAUCUGUCCCUGGCAUUUUUGGUGGGAUUAUUGAAGGCAUUAGUGCCGUCGAUAGUAAUGAACCUCUAUGUGGUGGGAAUUAAUCAGCUGUUUGAUGUUGACAUAGACAAGGUGAACAAACCUAUUCUCCCACUAGCUUCCGGAGAAUUUUCAAUGGAGUUUGGAAUGGCAAUGGUGUCCACAUGUCUAUUGAUGAGUUUCGCAAUGGGAAUUAUGUUUCAGUCCCCGCCAUUGUUUUCUGCCCUACUUGUAAGUUUUCUACUGGGGAGUGCAUACUCUGUCGAGCUUCCCUUGCUCAGAUGGAAAAGAAAUGCAUUCCUUGCAGCAAUAUGCAUCUUGAUUGUGAGGGCAAUCGUCGUUCAACUAGCCUUCUUCAUACACAUCCAGAAAUAUGUGCUCAGUAGACCGGUGGUGUUUACAAAAUCACUUGUACUUGCAACUGGUUUCAUGUGCUUGUUCUGCACUAUUAUUGCACUAUUCAAGGACAUACCUGAUGUGGAUGGCGAUAGAGAAUUUGGCAUUCAAUCAUUCAGUGUCAGCCUAGGGCCAGAAAAGGUAUUUUGGUUGUGCAUUAGCAUGCUAUUAAUAGCAUAUGGAGCUGCAAUGGUGAUUGGAGCUUCUUCUUCCUUCUUAACCACCAAGCUUGUCACUGUAUUAGGCCACUGUGCACUGGCUUCGUUUCUUUGGAUCCAAGCUCGAUCUGUUAAUCUUACCAGCAAAACAUCAAUAACUUUGUUUUACAUGUUCAUAGGUAAGCUGUUCUAUGCCGAGUAUUUUCUUAUUCCUUUUGUACGUUGAGGCAAGCGAGGGGACACCUAAAGUUGGUGUUGAUGCUCUUUGGUUCCAUCAAAUUUG